AUGUCACAUACUCCUCCUCCCGGUCUUCCUUCGCCGAAGGGAAACAUCCCUAAGCCUUCCACUCUCCGGCAAGAUUCAGUCGAGCUCUAUGCCGAAAUCCUCCUGAGUCGAGCGCAUUCGGCGUUUUUCAUGUCCGCGACCGACUACAGAGAGGCCCGGCAGGAUUCCUUUCACCAAGGCAAGGCAGCCUUAGAAGAAGCAGAGAGGCUAUGCAUGUCAGGAGAGCAGACCGCGAAGAAGCGUUUGAUAGCAAAGUGCUGGUACGUGCGAGGGUUCCUUGCUGAUGUCUGUGGAGACAACGAGCAUGCUGCGAAGCAUUUCCAGCAAGCUGUUGAAUUGGACGAAAGCUACAAGCGUCUCGAGAGGGUGCAGUUGCACCUCCAGUGCCUUGAAGACGCAGAACAAGUUGGUGAUAUGCGCGACUCCGCCUCAUUCUUGGGGGGCUGGGAAAGUCCAAGCAGUACUCAGUGCAGUUCCAAGCAUACCUUGUCGACGGUUGACUCUCGGGAGAGCGUCUUAUGGGGACAGCUGAUGCGUGAUGUUUCACAGGCCAGGUCAAAACUGCAGCCACAGGACGUGUCGACUCCUUCGUCACCAUCCACCAUAAGUCGACCCAUUACGUCGACUCCCGUCGGUUCGCCUCGAAGCGUCAGCUCUGGUCGAUUGGACAUGGAUGCAAUCAUCGAGAAGUUGCAAAAUGCCCCAGCCCACUCGCGGAAAGCUUCUGUGGGGGCGAAAGCGACCCAGGAACCUGAAGGCCCUCUGCCUACCAAGGCUCUAUUUUCUUCUGGGAACCCUCUUAUCACCAAGCCCCCGCGAGACCCUGUCAAAAACCGCGAUGAAAACGCUAGAUUGGCUGCUUUGGUAGAAGGAGCAAAAACGAAUAGACUGGAACGGGAACAUGCCCUACAAAAGGCAAACACGGACAGUUUGGAACGAGAACAUGCAAUCCAGCUGGCACUGGCGACACUCACAGGGCGACGACCUUCGGGUGAAGAAACUCUCUUAUCCGACACUCCAAGCGUAUCAGAACUUGACACCACAGCUGGUGCGCCUCAGCAUAUCGUGCGGCCCUUGAGACUGCCUCUUGAUACCCGUAUAAAUAGGAGAUUGUCAACUUCAUACACCGUAUCGCCGACUUCCCCGAGUCCCUUAAGAGAUGCAUUUGUGCCCGAUGAUACAGAUCAACCCUAG